CAUUAAUAAAGCACUACUUUAGCAUGCCAUGUCUCCAGCACUGGAAAGUCUGGUUUAUGUAGCAGACAGGCGCUGGCGAGCUAAUAACACACAGGCUGACUCAACAGCUGCAGUCCAGUCCUACUCGGCAAAGUGAUUGGGCUGGUAAUGUAGUAGUGAUGAAGCUGACCUGUGAGCUUGAGCUUUGACCUAUGAAUUAUGAGUUUUUCUAUGUCUUUCUCUUAAAAGUAUUUAGCUGCUGUUUGUUUACCUGUAUUUUUUUUUCAGGUGUCAACACAGGAAACUGCCAGAGGGGACAAAAACUGACAGAAGAGAAAGAGAAACAAAGAUAAAAUAUUGCCAACAUAGACUGUAGCGACACGUCUCACACACUGAGAUUAAUACAGACCCUUAUAUAGACCCUAGAGACACUCCUCACACAGAGAUUAAUACAGACCCUAAUACAGACCCCAGAGACACACCUCACACAAACAGGUUAAUACAGACCCUAAUACAGACCCCAGAGACACUCCUCACACACAGAGAUUAAUACAGACCCUAAUACAGACCCCAGAGACACACCUCACACAAACAGGUUAAUACAGACCCUACUACAGACCCUAGAGACACUCCUCACACACAGAGAUUAAUACAGACCCUAAUACAGACCUCAGAGACACUCCUCACACACUGAGAUUAAUACAGACCCUAAUAAAGACCCUAGAGACACACCUCACACACUGAGAUUAAAACACACCCUUAUAUAGACCCUAGAGACACACCUCACACACACAGAUUAAUACAGACCCCAGAGACACAACUCACACACAGAGAUUAGUACAGACCCUAGAGACACUCCUCACACACAGAGAUUAAUACAGACCCUAAUAUAGACCUUACUUACCACAGACAGGAAGAAGGACAGGUUUACUACUGAUUCGUCUGACAGUGACACUCACCUCACUCCUUCCAUUCCCUUCUCUCCUUCCUCUGCUGUGUUUCACUCCCCGGCUCCUUCCCCAGGGGGUGAGGAACGACAGGACAGAAAGAACCAUGUCUUGAGAGAGGGAGGGUAUUCAGGUGAGGUGCCCGUCUCAGGGGUCUAGAUCAUCGGCUCACAGAGAGGGGGGCAGCGCCACAGGUCCCGGACUGCUAGAUUGACAGGUGGACCCCGAAACGGGAAAUCGGAAGACAGACAACAAGUUCAUCUCUCUCUCAGCCCCUCCCCUACCUCCUUCCUCACCUCAGCUCGGCCCCUUUUCCUCUUCCUCUCCCUCUGUCCAGCCCUCCUCCUCUUCCUCUCGCUAGCCCCGGUCCAGCCACGGAGAGGAAGAUGCUGGACCACAUGUCCCGGCGCGCUCGUUCCCUCCUGUCUCUGACGCUCACCUCCCUGGCCCUGGCCACCUCCAUCCUGGCCUUCUCCACCAGCUACUGGUGCGAGGGCACCCACAAGGUGGUCAAGCCCCUGUGCCUGUCGCCCGUCAAGACGAAGAACUGCGGCCACAGCCUGGUGGACUUCGCGCCCGGCACCGGCGCGAGCCCAGGCAACCUGAGCACCCUGAGUGCCCCGGUCAUCAAGGACACGCCCAGCAAUGCCACAGCUGCAGGCUCCACCCCCCCACCCCUGUCGGCCAAUGGGACGUCACCUGGACAGACGAAGGAGGAGCUAGCGCGAAUCCGACAGAGACAAUUGGCCAACGCUGUCCAUUACAUCUGGGAAACGGGAGAGGAUAAAUACAUGUUCCGAUACUUUCACACGGGAUUCUGGCACUCCUGUGAAAAACACUAUGAUGGUGAGAAAUGUCGAAGUUUCAUCGAGUUAACUCCUGCCUCAGAACAAGGUAAACUUACUUUGUCAGCAAUCUGCCUACUUGUCUCCCUGCCUGUUUGUUUAGUCACAGCUAGUGUAGUGUCCCGUCAGUGAAUGUUAUAUAUAAGCACAUGAGUAAUGUUACACACGAAAGAAAGGACCAUUUGGACUGGAAUGC